AUGGGAAAUAAGUCGUCGUCUUCGUCCUAUAUGCCUCCGUACUUACUGGGGUCAGGAUCAGGAUCAAGAAAUUUCCUGAACUACGAUUCACAUUAUUAUACUGCACCUUUCAUUGCACAGUCAUACGGAGCACCUAUUUUUCAUCAAUCAGUCAAUUCGCUGCAACACUUCAGUGGCACUGAUUCCGGAUAUAUGACCAGUCCGGCUGAUUCCGAACGAUGGCGAACAAAUAACUGGGAAAUCGGGAAUUCUCGUUUAUCUCUUAAUGAAGCGUUUUUUGUGGAUGAUUCACCUGGAAGACCAUCGACGAUAGUUCCAUUGCCAACAAUUAUAUCCAUCCCGCCGCCAACUCUAAAACAAUUCAAAAAGUUGCAAAAAAGGCACAAAAAAAUGUUGAAAAAAAUGGGUUCUGUUUCGGCGAAUCUUGUACUACCACAUGCACUAACAACACCUCUGUUACAAUAUUCUCGUGCUUUUUCUGUCGAGAACCUAUCAAGACAACUUCUCGAUGGUUAUGCAGAUGUUCCAGUGGGAAAAAAGGGUAUUUGUAAGGAACGCAGGAAAGUGGCGAAAUGUCAAACGUACGGCAAUAGUGUACCUAAUUUACCUCCUGGCAUACCGAAAUCAUCUUUUAAUAGUGGCUGUUCAAAUGGUUUGGCUGUAUCAGAUUCACGAAUGACCCAUUCUGCUCCAUCGACGGAUACAUCUGAUCGUAGUCAUCUAACAUCAACUACCGGUCAUUCUUCAUUACACCAUCAAACGCUAUCGCCAAUACGGUUGAAGAAUUCAUCGAAUCGGCAUUUGCAGCGAAUACAAGUAUCCAGGAGUGAUGCUAGACUAGGUGAAACACCUAGACGGUUGCAGCAAUGGGAUUUCGUUGCCAAAGGUGGACCAUCAGCUAUUGUGCGAUAUGAGAUUGCUGAUGUUAUUGGUGAAGAAGCAAGCAGUGAAGUUAUAAAAUGUGAAACUGAUCACAAAUCAUCGGAUAUAAACAAUGUAUCCAAAAAGACUGCAGCGACCAACGAAUACAAUCAUUCCAAAGCAAUAAUUCCCCACGAUUACGAUGAGCGAAAUUAUGCAUAUCGAAGUGGUAUCAGAGGUUCCAUCAACAGGAAUAGUCAGUAUAGUGAUUGUAACACAAAUAACAUUGGUGAUAUCAAUCCGCAACGUAACAUAUCCGUUAAAAUAACACUAGAAGCUGAGGAAGUCCCAGAAAAGAAUGUUGAUUUGUUUUCCAAAAAUGUCACUAAUUCAACCGAUAACGACAAGGUAUUUUCAAUUGAUGAAACAACUUUAAAUUCAUUUCAACGAUAUAAUUGUAAUGUCACUUCUGGAACUGCACCUCAGAAUCAAACUGUGCAGCAGACGCAGUUAGGAUAUUUUCCACUCAAGAAAAGUGCGGACUAUGGUUCUACGAUCAGUUCAUUAACCCAGAGUUCGAAUAUGAAGACCGAAGUUAGCGAUAUUGACUUCAGCUGGGUGAAUGAUGUCGAAAAUCGCCUUGAACGAGAAAUUGCUUUCGUGAGAGAAGAUUCUCAGCAGCAGAUACAGCGAGAGCAGCUACCAGUACAGUAUUUCGGCGUGGAUUUUGAUCAAUCCAAGCCUGGUAAAGAUAAGGCAGCGGUGGUUCUUUUACCUGCAUACACUGUCACCACAAAAUCACUUGAAGUAUUUGGUGAAUGCGAAUCUCGCAAAGAACUUAACCAAAUACAUUCCGAUGUUCGUUCCAAAGCAGCAAUGUUCGAUACAGCUUUUCGAAAUGAACAAAAGGCCGCGCAUCGUUAUCGUUCUCGAUCAACUCCCCGUGGUAACGUGUACAUACCUCAGCCUGACUACCGAAGUUAUAAUCCUAUUUUAGUAAAUAUAUCACAAGAUUCGAGCCGAUACGGUAUUCAUUCAAGUAAUGCGCCCGUUUUAAAUGGCCCCAAGUACGACCUUUGUCCACAACACUAUAAUGGAAGCAGUGAUAUAUGA